UAUUAAGUAAUGGAUCAGAACAACGACCAACCAGAGGAGCCUGUGAAGGAGGAGAGUAAAAAUGGGGAUAAGAAAGAGGAGAAAGGUGAUAAGGAAGAGGAAAAGAAAGUGGAAGAGAAGAAGGAAGUGGAAGAGAAGAAGGAAGUGACUUUUGGAGGGUUCCUAAAGACGUCUAAUGAUAAGCCAUGGGCUGAUAAAAAUUGAGUAUUCAUCAUGGACAAGUACCUUCUUGGCUACAAAGCCGAUGACGAAAUAGAUAUCAGCACUAAGAUAAGUAACCUCCUCAAAGACCUACAGAUCCUCUUCGACUUUGACGAGGAGCCAGAGGUAGAAGACUUUGUCAAGAAGUCGGUCAAGGAGAAGCCCAAGCGGAAUGUUAAAGAGUUUAAAGAGAUUGUGUACCAGUUGAUUAGUCAAUACCGAGAGCAAUCCAUAUCGACUUAUUUGGCAGAAGGAAUGAAUAGUGUGCAGAAAGCGUUUGAAACGAACAAGGAAGAUGUGGAGAAGUACUUCCUGAAACAGAAGAAUAGGGAUCUAGAUUCAGUUAAAACAAAGAAUGUUGCUAGAAUCUUAGAAGACCUAUUUGAAAUCCUCUAUUUAAGGCUUAUUAACCUAGACCAUCUUGUGCCAAAAGAUGACUCAGGGAUUGUAACACAAGCUGGAGAGAAGGAAUAUGCUGAGGUGAUCCAAAAAUGUGCCGAUAGUAUGAAGAUCGAAGAGAUUAAUGAAGGGAAUAUUUUGAAUAUUAUACAACUAUACCUCAAAUCGGGAUCUGCAAAAUACUCCUUUGCAUCAGUUCCUAAAUUUGACGACAAAGACGGAAUUGAUCCUUACGCUGACCUUGGCGAUGUAGCUCCUGGCGAGAGCCCGGAUGACCAAGUCAAGGAAGAUCCGAAUGACAUGAAUUAUAUUGAAAAGAAAAUUGAAGAAGCGGCUGAAAAAGGGGAUGAGAAAAAGGAAAAAUUAUAUAAAAGGAUCAGACAAUAUCAGCAACUCAAAGAAUUUUCCCAGAACGUCUCUCAAAAUGAAGGUAUUAACAUCAUGAUCGAUAAGGCAAUGAAAGAGAUCAAGGAACUUGAAGAGCAAGAGCAAAUGGCCCAUGAUGAGGGUUUUAACGAAGAAGAAGAAGCGGAAGAUGAAGACUUUGACCAAUACCAAACUCAACAAGACUAUUCUAAAAUGUCUAAACAGGGAGAAACUCUUGAAGAAAAGAGAGAGAAAGGUCUUAGAGAAAUCUUCGAGUUUUAUGCCAAGUCCCAAAUGCUUAUUGGGAGAAAGGCCACUUUUGAGCAGAUCCAGCAUGAAAUCUCCAACUUAAAUUUAGGUGAAUAUAUGAAGUUUUGUAAAGAUUUCAAAAUCCCUUGAAAUAAAAUAAAAAUAGCAGAACUUUUCAAGAAAAUUGCCAUGAACUCAAAAGAGCUAUUCUUUGAUGACUUCAAAAAUACUCUAUGGAAGCUUCUGGAGACCAGAGAUAAAGAAGAAAUUGAUAAACUUAAGAAAAGACUGCGAGAAAUCAAAAGACUGCUUAAGAAGAAAGCACCCAAGGCUCCCUCAGAUGACCUCAAAGAGGACAAGAAAGAAGAUAAGAAAGAAAACAAGAAAGAUAAAGAAGAGAAACCCAAAGAGAAAGAAGAACAGAAGGAAGACCAAACGGAUGAAAAACCUAAAGAUAAUAAGCCUGUUCAAAUUUCAAGGCCGAAAGGAGGAGAUCCUAAAAAUGUUGAGACACUUCAGUCUAUACAGAAGGAAAAGCAGGGUGAUGAGGAGUCUAUUAAAGGCGAAACUCAAAAAUCACCUAAAGACUCUAAAGAGGAUCCUGAAAUUAAUAAGAAAAUGAUGAGUGCAAUUGAGAAUCAAGAGAAGUUCAAGCAACCACCUGAUUUCCUCCAAAAGUCUUCAGAAGAACCUCAAAAUCAGAAUUUGGCUAAAGAGGACCAAGAGUUAACUAAUGAGCGUGAACGCAUUUUGGCGAAAAUUCAAUCACUAAAAGCUCCUACGGAAGAGGAUUAUCGUGAGGAAAUCUUUACUUACUUACAUGUUGACCAUGAUAAAUCAUUCCGUACUAAAAUUCAAAAUUUCUCUUUGCCCUUCAACACCAGAGCAAAGAGAGAGGACACCAACAACUACAAGCAUAAGAGCAAAAAGGACAUUGACAAGAUCAAAAUGGAGGUUCAAAAGCUAAAGCAGAAAAGGGAAAUGGCCAGAAGACUUGAAGAGAAGAAGAAAGAGACACUUUACCAAAGAAAUCAAAACAUUAUGAAGCGUAUGCAUGAAGAUCUCAUUAGGGAUAAAGGAGGCUAUGUGGAACCACCCAUUCAAGGAGGUGUUAAUUCACUUCACCCGACUCUGAAUAAGCAAAGAAUCGGCUACCAGGUUCCCAGGAAGUUCACACUUGAGUCUCUUGGACGUAUGGAUUAUAGAGAUUUUAACCCACAAAGCACACAAGUUGAUGAAGUCGAAGAUGAUUUUAAGCCAAGUGAUGUCAUUGAUUCUGAAGAGGAUAUGGAUGAGGAAAUAGAAGAGUUCUAUCAAUUUAAAAACAGGAACCCUCAAGCUGAAAAUUAUGCCCUUUCCGUCGCUAAAACCUCAGUCUCAGCUCAUCAGUUACACGACCCAGGCUUGAAUGUAAAUUCCAGCCUAAGUACCAACCCAAUGAACCCUAAAAAGCUCAAUGCAGCGAUUGGGUCUCAAAAGAAGGUAAAUCACUCUAUAAUCCACAACCCUAAAAUUAAGAACAUCGGUGGUCGACUAAAGAACUCAAUUCUCCCCUCCCAAAAACACUUCAAGCCAUACAAGGUGGCUCCUUCAAAGCCUAGAGGAGUGUACCACAGUCACCACCCUCGCUCUUCCCACCCACAGAAGGCUAAAAGGAAGCCUAUCGCUCUAUACAACACCAGGUCACACAAAUCCGUUCAUAACUCAGUCACAGAUUAUUCCUCCGCCCAAAAGAACAAGGCUGAUCAAAGGAUAGCCAAGCUGAGGGUGGCUAACAGUAAAUCUCUGGUCAGGGCUCAUAAGUUUGAUGCCCAGAAUAAGUUGAGGCAGGAACAGAAGCUAAAGAAGAGGAUUUUAUAAGGAGUUUAUAGUUAGAAUGUUUGUAA